AUGGUUCCCAUUAACAGUUGGAUCUCCGUCUCUGUUUCUGAUUCUCAGACUUUUGAGGUUCAGUCUGGAGAAGAAGUCACGCUGCUGUGCUCCAACUAUUCCAGUUCUCCCACAGAGAUAUUCUGGUUCAGAGUGACCAAGAGAUCUGAACUCCACUAUGUGUUUGAUGGAUUACCAAAGAUGAUGAGUGUGGUCCUGGGUGCUCUGACAGUUUUUCUCAUUGUGGCCGUCAUCUAUCUGGCUGCUAAAAUCAAACAUCUCCAGAAAGUGAUGAUCGUGGAUCUCCUGGUGAAAAUCUUCAUCCUUCAAACAGAUCAGGUCAAUCAGACGAGUGACCGAACAAUUGCAAAUGUCUUUUUUCGCCAGAAACUUUACCAUCCUCAGCAGAGCUGUAAGGGCUUUUAUGGUCGUCUUCCUCUGGGAGCCAGAAGAAGACACACUGCCGACGACCCUCUCAGGCUGGGCCGUGACACCGAAACCUGUGCCUACGUCCUGCUUGAUCCCCGGGUGUCCCGUAAGCAGCUGGCGCUCUACGCCUACCACAUUCCCCAGAGCUCAGAGAUGCUGUUUACCAUCCAGAAUCUGAGCCAGAGGGGGAGACUGUCAGUGAACACCUCAGCACUGGGAUACCUGGAGAGGAUGGAUCUGCCAUACAAAGCUCUGAUCCGGUUCGGAGAGUAUGAGAUCCUGAUCAUCCGCGAGUCUGGUGAAACCAAGGCCAACUUUGAGGUAGAGUUUGAGGUGCUGGCAGCACCUCCUUCCAGAGAGACACCCAUGAGUAUGAUGAACAACUUCUCAGCUGAGCUCAGUGUACGCAACCCUCUGGAGAGUGAUGAGAUGCACUAUCCUUACUGACAUGUAUAUUGUUUAUGUUAAUGACUUAGCGAACUUACAGGCAAAUUGCUGUGGUGUUGUUACAUUAGAGUUCAAGCUGGCUGAGACAAAUCUGCCCUCUUUGUACCCUGUAGAUAUUAAAAAACUCUUAUCAUAAUAUGAUUACAGCUACAUUUAAAGCGUUUUAAAUGCAAAUGUUUUAGAACCUUAAAGCAACUUGUUUCUAUAUUUUCAGUGUAAGAAAUUAAA